AUGCGAUUUGGAAGGAAAGGAAAGUUGAGCCCAAGGUACAUUAGCCCAUAUGAGGUGUUGAAACGAGUUGGAGAGGUGGCAUACCAGUUAGCUUUACCAAUGGAGUUAGCCAAUGUCCAUAAUGUUUUCCAUGUCUCCCAACUCCGAAAAUAUGUCCAUGACCCUAACCAUGUAAUCCAACCCAAGUCUAUAGAGUUAGACGAGUCAUUAACCUCCAAAGAACGCCCUAUUAAGAUUCUUGAUACCAAAACGAGAAGUACCCGGAACAAAGCCGUUAAGUUAGUUAAAGUGCUAUGGUCGAAUCAAAAUUCUGAAGAGGCAACGUGGGAAGCUAAGGAUGACAUGAAAAAGCGUUAUCCAGAACUAUUUGAGCAGGGGGAAUAG